CUGGCGGCGAGAGGCGCUGCAGGGGACGCCGUGGUAGUGGCCGCGCCGGCAGCCGACAGCACGGACUGCGCCCAGGGUCGGAGCCGAGCCCUUGGAGAGUGACCCUGGGGUCUUCUCUGUGUUUGCUUUUCGACGUUGAUUGACAUAUGUGCACUUUGGGACACCGGAGGUCUCCUUCCCGCUGCAGACUGAGAGGGAGCCUGCCCUGGUGUUGCAAGAAGGAGGCUGAAUGAGGCAGAGACGCUGAGCUCUGUCCGAAGGCUGAGUUAGAGCAGCUGGAGGCAGCAAGACCCCGAGGGCCGGGGAACAGGGAGCGGGGUCCAGUGCUGAGGAUGGCCAGGCCGCAGCCACCACCCUGGGUCCACACAGCCUUCCUCCUCUGCUUCCUCGGCCUUGGCAGGGCCAUCGAGAUUCCUAUGGAUCCCAGCAUUCAGAAUGAGCUGUCCCAGCCCCCGACCAUCACCAAGCAGUCGGUGAAGGACCACAUUGUGGAUCCCCGCGAUAACAUCUUGAUCGAGUGCGAAGCAAAGGGGAACCCUGCCCCCAGCUUCCACUGGACUCGCAACAGCAGGUUCUUCAAUGUCGCCAAGGACCCCCGGGUGUCAAUGAGGAGGCGGUCUGGGACCCUGGUGAUUGACUUCCGCAGUGGCGGGCGGCCGGAGGAGUAUGAGGGGGAAUACCAGUGCUUUGCCCGCAACAAAUUCGGCACAGCCCUGUCCAAUAGGAUCCGCCUUCAGGUGUCCAAGUCUCCCCUGUGGCCCAAGGAAAACCUAGACCCAGUGGUGGUUCAAGAAGGCGCCCCCUUGACACUCCAGUGCAACCCACCACCCGGACUUCCAUCCCCAGUCAUCUUCUGGAUGAGCAGCUCCAUGGAGCCCAUCACCCAAGAUAAGCGGGUCUCCCAGGGCCAUAACGGGGACCUGUAUUUCUCUAACGUGAUGGUGCAGGACAUGCAGACCGACUACAGCUGCAACGCCCGCUUCCACUUUACCCACACCAUCCAGCAGAAGAACCCGUUCACCCUCAAGGUCCUCACCAACCACCCCUAUAAUGACUCGUCCUUAAGAAACCACCCUGACAUGUACAGUGCCCGAGGAGUUGCAGAGAGAACCCCCAGCUUCAUGUACCCCCAGGGCACUUCGAGCAGUCAGAUGGUGCUCCGCGGCAUGGACCUCCUGCUGGAGUGCAUCGCCUCCGGGGUCCCAACGCCGGACAUCGCAUGGUACAAGAAAGGUGGCGACCUCCCAUCUGACAAGGCCAAGUUUGAGAACUUUAACAAGGCUCUGCGUAUCACCAACGUCUCUGAGGAAGAUUCUGGGGAAUAUUUCUGCCUGGCCUCCAACAAGAUGGGCAGCAUCCGGCACACGAUCUCGGUGAGAGUAAAGGCUGCUCCCUACUGGCUGGACGAACCCAAGAACCUUAUCCUGGCUCCCGGCGAGGAUGGGAGGCUGGUGUGUCGAGCCAAUGGGAACCCCAAGCCCACUGUCCAGUGGAUGGUGAAUGGGGAACCUUUGCAAUCGGCACCACCCAACCCAAACCGUGAGGUGGCCGGGGACACCAUCAUCUUCCGGGACACCCAGAUCAGCAGCAGGGCUGUGUACCAGUGCAAUACCUCCAAUGAGCAUGGCUACCUGCUGGCCAACGCCUUCGUCAGUGUGCUGGACGUGCCGCCUCGGAUGCUGUCACCACGGAACCAGCUCAUUCGGGUGACCCUAUACAACCGGACACGGCUGGACUGUCCCUUCUUUGGGUCCCCCAUCCCCACACUCCGAUGGUUUAAGAAUGGGCAAGGAAGCAACCUGGAUGGUGGCAACUACCACGUCUACGAGAACGGCAGCCUGGAGAUCAAGAUGAUCCGCAAAGAGGACCAAGGCAUCUACACCUGUGUUGCUACCAACAUCCUGGGCAAAGCUGAAAAUCAGGUCCGCCUGGAGGUCAAAGACCCCACCAGGAUCUACCGGAUGCCCGAGGACCAAGUUGUCAAAAGGGGCACCACAGUGCAGCUGGAGUGCCGGGUCAAGCAUGACGCCUCCCUGAAACUCACGGUCUCCUGGCUGAAGGACGACGAGCCACUCUACAUCGGGAACAGGAUGAAGAAGGAAGAUGACUCCCUGACCAUCUUUGGUGUGGCCGAGCGGGACCAGGGCAGUUACACAUGUGUCGCCAGCACCGAGCUGGACCAGGACCUGGCCAAGGCCUACCUCACUGUGCUAGCUGAUCAGACCACUCCAACUAACCGUUUGGCUGCCCUGCCCAAAGGACGGCCAGACCGACCCCGGGACCUGGAGCUCACUGACCUGGCCGAGAGGAGCGUGAGGCUGACCUGGAUCCCAGGGGACGAUAACAACAGCCCCAUCACAGAGUAUGUCGUCCAGUUUGAAGAGGACCAGUUCCAGCCAGGAGUCUGGCAUGACCAUUCCAAGUUCCCAGGCAGUGUCAACUCAGCUGUCCUCCAGCUGUCCCCAUACGUCAACUACCAGUUCCGGGUCAUUGCCAUCAACGAGGUUGGCAGCAGCCACCCCAGCCUCCCAUCCGAGCGCUACAGAACCAGUGGGGCACCCCCUGAGUCCAAUCCCAGCGACGUGAAAGGAGAGGGGACCAGAAAGAACAACAUGGAGAUCACGUGGACGCCCAUGAAUGCCACCUCCGCCUUUGGCCCCAACCUGCGCUACAUCGUCAAGUGGCGGCGGAGAGAGACUCGAGAGACCUGGAACAAUGUCACGGUGUGGGGCUCCCGCUACGUGGUAGGGCCGACCCCUGUCUACGUGCCCUAUGAGAUCCGAGUGCAGGCUGAAAAUGACUUUGGGAAGGGCCCUGAGCCAGAGACUGUCAUCGGUUACUCUGGAGAAGAUUAUCCCAGGGCUGCGCCCACUGAGGUUAAAAUCCGAGUCCUGAACAGCACAGCCAUCAGCCUUCAGUGGAACCGCGUCUACUCCGACACGGUCCAGGGCCAGCUCAGAGAAUACCGAGCCUACUACUGGAGGGAGAGCAGCUUACUGAAGAGCCUGUGGGUGUCUCAGAAGAGACAGCAAGCCAGCUUCCCUGGUGACCGCCUCCGGGGUGUGGUGUCCCGCCUCUUUCCCUACAGUAACUACAAGCUGGAGAUGGUUGUGGUCAAUGGGAGAGGCGAUGGGCCUCGCAGUGAAACCAAGGAGUUCACCACCCCGGAAGGAGUACCCAGUGCCCCCAGGCGUUUCCGAGUCCGGCAGCCCAACCUGCAGACAAUCAACCUGGAAUGGGACCAUCCGGAACACCCCAAUGGGAUCCUCACUGGAUAUUCUCUCAGAUAUGUGGCCUUUAAUGGAACCAAAGUAGGAAAGCAGAUAGUGGAGAACUUCUCUCCCAAUCAGACCAAGUUCACGAUGCAAAGAGCAGACCCCGUGUCACGCUACCGCUUCACCCUGAGUGCCAGGACGCAGGUGGGCUCUGGGGAAGCAGUCACGGAGGAGUCACCAGCGCCCCCGAAUGAAGCUACUCCAACCGCAGCUCCUCCCACGUUGCCCCCGACUACGGUGGGUGCCACGGGCGCUGUGAGCAGUACUGAUGCUACUGCCACUGCUGCCACCACCGAAGCCGCAACAGUCCCCAUCAUCCCAACUGUUGCACCUACCACCAUCGCUACCACCGUCGCCACAACUACUACAGCCACUGCCGCCACCACCACCACCACGGAGAGUCCUCCCGCCAUCGAGACUAAGACACAUGAAUCCGCCCCCGACGAGCAGUCCAUAUGGAACGUCACGGUGCUCCCCAACAGUAAAUGGGCCAACAUCACCUGGAAGCACAAUUUCGGGCCCGGAACUGACUUUGUGGUUGAGUACAUUGACAGCAACCAUACGAAAAAAACUGUCCCUGUUAAGGCCCACGCCCAGCCUGUACAGCUGACAGACCUCUAUCCCGGGAUGACAUACACAUUGCGAGUUUAUUCCCGGGACAACGAGGGCAUCAGCAGUACCAUCAUCACCUUUAUGACCAGUACAGCUUACACCAACAACCAGACUGACAUCGCCACCCAGGGCUGGUUCAUUGGGCUCAUGUGCGCCAUCGCCCUCCUGGUGCUGAUUCUGCUCAUCGUCUGUUUCAUCAAGAGGAGUCGUGGUGGCAAGUACCCAGUGCGAGAAAAGAAGGAUGUUCCCCUUGGCCCUGAAGACCCCAAAGAAGAGGAUGGCUCAUUUGACUACAGUGAUGAGGACAACAAGCCCCUGCAGGGGAGCCAGACAUCCCUGGACGGCACCAUCAAGCAGCAGGAGAGUGACGACAGCCUGGUGGACUACGGUGAGGGCGGCGAGGGCCAGUUCAAUGAGGACGGCUCCUUCAUCGGCCAGUACACUGUCAAAAAGGACAAGGAGGAGACGGAAGGCAACGAAAGCUCCGAGGCCACGUCGCCCGUCAAUGCCAUCUAUUCCCUGGCCUAAUGGAGCCCCCCAGGCACAGCCACUACUUUGCAAGUGGGAAGAGAAGAGAUGGGGGGACAGAGCCGCCACCACCUUCAGGGACAAGGGUAUAACGUGGGGGUCUGCCAAGCUGUGAGGACCACUGACCACCCAGCCAACCACAAGCCCCCUCCCAAUGACCCCACACACCCGGGUGCCAUCUGUGUGGGGGAGCUAGACCCAUGGCCAAGCUCAGCUGGAGGGAGCCCGAGCCCCUUGCUCAGCCUCACAGCCACCCUGAGCCUUCCCCCCACACGGCCUGCCCUUGACCUUGGCACACAUCAAUUCCUACUGAUCCUGGUACUUUUCAGUGUCUUCAUUUUUGCUUUAUGCAUCUUCCCCUCCAGACCCAGUGUCUCCAUUUUAUUUUCCUUUUGAAGAAUCCCUGGAGAAAGAAAUAGGUGGAUUAUGUCCCCCACCCCCCAGAAACUGCAAAGAUAGGCAAAAAAGUUUGGUCCGUAAACGGGCAAAGAGAAAAGCUGCAGUAUUCCAACCACGCCGGGCCAAUGUAUUUCCGAAGGAUGCCUUUCUCGCCAUAUGCCUCCCUGUGCCCACAACCCAUCCACCUCGGCCUUGUCAGCUGCUGAGCUGGGCUUGGCUCCUUUCUGGAAAAAUGACAGUAUUUUUGGCAGGGAGAGGGUGGACAGGGCUCCUCACCUUGCCCUGGCUCAGUUGGGAGGUGGGCUUACCUCUUGCUCCUCGUUCUUACCCUGCCCCACCCUCCAGAGUGUCCAAGACGAGAGCUGCACCGACUCUGACGAAGGAGUGAGAGGAACAAGAGUGGGCACUGGUAGAAGGGACUUCAACUCCAGUAACCGGUACCUCAAGCAGCAGAAAAUCGGGCGCCUGGUUCCUGGGGAGCUAUCCUCACCUCAAGAGAGGAGAAAAAGACUGGGUCUGGACUCCUUCCUCCCCAGCAGUAAAACUCAGGGUGUAGGAGUGAGGGCCACACCCGCUGCACCCAGAGUAGAGGUGCCCCCUGCCUGGCCAGGGGUCUGCGCCGCUGCCCUCGAGGAGAUGGAGCCUUGCGGCGCAGAAGCUUUGCUGGUGUGUUUGGGAAUGUAAAGCGCUGCGCCCCGUUCACCUCCAGCGGGGACCGUCUCUUCGGUCAGUUCCCUAUGAUGUUGGACCUGUGCAGAUGGGGCCCUGCUGCCCUGAGACUGAGACUGAGUUGGUGUCCUUUCCUACCAGGGGACCCGGUGGGGACACCACCCUAACAGUGCUGUGAAGCCUGGUCUGGAGGACUCAGCGCUCUUCGUAUGCCUUAUGCAACUCUGCUCUGUCCCUGCAGUUCCCAGGUUCCCAGCCCCUCCCUGCAGGCCUUGAAGCCUCCAGCAACGUCUGUCUCAAGGAAAACAGGGCAGCCUAUGCAAGCGUCACAGCAGAACCAGAAGCAACCACUUGACACAUGCCCUGCAACCCAUUGCCCCAGGUGGAGACACUCGCAGACCUGCAGUUCUCAGAGACCGAAGGCACUGCCUUCCUCCGCCCCACCUAAUCCACUUUGAAACCAAAGGUACCUGGCCUCAGAGGAGAGGGAUCUUGAGCCUAAGAGUAAUCCUGUAGCUGCAGCUAGCGUCGGUUUCAGGAGGGGGAAGCUGACCCUCGUAAUGGGCCACCUGCCACAGGCACGGCCUCUGAGUUGGGCCUCCAGCUGCUUGCCAGGGGACCUGGGCAGGAGCAGGGCUUUGUCCUUCAGAGACUUUAUUAAAGCAUCAGUUGCCACAUGUUUAAGCCACAAAGGUAUUAGCAAUGCUUGCAUCACUUAGUAACCAGUCAGUGAAGGUCAAGCCCAUAGAUAUACAUAUUCUGUACGCGGGGUAAGAAACCAUAGCCCAGAGCUAAGCCAAUUAUGUUGUCGUUUGAACCUGAGAGCACGUAACUGCCCUUUGGCCUUAGCCAUGGCCAGGUUUAGAAGCUACCUAGAAGCCCAAGGGGCAGCUCUCUCAUGGUGACAGAGACAGGGUGAAUAGCAGGGGGCUGGGGAGUGGGCUCAGGGGUCCCCUCCCCUGGCUUUCCUCUGACCUCUGCCUGGACGCAGCUGGAUAUUCCUGCAGCCUAGGCCCAGGGUCCCUGAAGGGAACGUCAGGGAAGUGUGCCUGUGAGCUGAAUGAAAGGACCGGCCUUUUCAGAAAACGCUGUGGAUUUGAACAAGGUAGUCAGUUUCUCAGGCCCUGAGUCCAUACCGUACCAAACGCACUAGUGAGCUUACUGCACCGGAGACAGUCUCUUAGGGCAAGGACUGUGAGCUGUCGUUGUACUCCUCCCCCUGCCUCUGGAAAGCCUGCACGCUGAUGGCCAGGGAAGGGCCUCUGCCGCCCUGGGCCUGGGGGAGAGGGGAUCCUUCAGCCUGUCUUUGCUCCUCGCUCCAUACCAUCCCUCGUGGCUUGUGGA